ACCCCUACUGACAAGAUGUGUUGUUUUCCACUCUUUAAUGGAGUAACUCGGGGUUACUUUUCGUCACCGUGUAUCCAAGUGAAAAAAAAAAUGGGAGGCUGCAGCGAGUGGUUCCAGCGGAACCAGAAGAACAAACCCCAAUCCAACACCCUGGCAUCCUAUGCCAUGACCCUAAUAACCAGCGGAUUGGUGAUUGGAUCAACGAUAUUCAAUGUGGAGUAUUCGAUGCAGGCUUGGACGCUGGGCCACUCCUCUGUGGCAGUUCUGAUGGUGUCACUAUCGUUCUACCUUGCGGCCAUGCUGGGAACACUUGUUGGUUGCAUUCUUGUAGAACGAUACCCUAAGAAAUUUAUAUCGCGUAUUUUCCAAGUUCCGACCCUACUGGGAAGCAUUCUCCUAACGGCAAUUCCGCAGGAAAUAGCAGGCGUGGCGGUUGCUCGGGUUUUGAUUGGUUUCGGUCACGGCGUAGCCUUCUUGGUGUUGCCCAUACAUGCGAGCGAAAUUGUGAUCAACCGUCAGCGUGGCGCCAAUGUGGCCUCGAUAAGUAACAGCGUCAUAGUCGGGGCGUUAAUCUUCGGAAUCAUAAGCCCAAUGGAAAUGUACAACUUCGGAAUGAAUCCCCUUAGACUGAUCGGAAUUGUGGGAAUUGUUCUGACUGGUUUCGGAGGACUGCUUUCCAUUUUCAUAUUCUACGAAUCACCGGUGUUCCUGAUGAAGCGUGGACGCGACGAUAAGGCUAUCAAAGCGAUGAUGAAACUACGAACGGAGUCGGUCGAAACGUGGGAACUUCGAAACGACUUUGACGAGCUUAAAGCCAUGAUUUCGGAAGAAGAACAACACUCGAAAUCGAUCUUUUCCGAUGGAAACCUUCGACCUCUAAUUGUGCUGGCACUCGCCAAGGUCGCAACAGUGCUGUCCUUCAACAUGGCCCUCAACGUUGUUAGAAUUCUGAUCCUAAGCACACUGUUCCUUACCACCACCUACAAUACUUCCGCAAUGAUCAUCAGCGGCGUUCGAGUCGUUGUAACGUUCAUCGCCAUGCUAACCGUGGACAGAUUCGGCCGCAAGAUGUCCUUUACCUUUUCAUCGCUUACCUCAGGUAUUCUACUUACCGUCCUGGGUGUCUUCUUCCUGAUCAGUCAAUCAAUCCAUCGGGACGUAGCGAUCGGAAUGGUACUAGCCUACGAGGUACUCGCUUCCCUCGGAUUAACCUUCAUCCCGGAUGUGUACCUAUCGGAGGCCUUCCCCCUUAUAAAGAAGUCCGCUUCGAUCGGAGUCAUUCAAACAGUGGAAAACAUCUGCCAGCUGAUCUUCGUUUGCAUCAUGCAUUUAGGCGUUCGCGUCUACAUCGGAGACGUGCUGGUCGGGUGCGGAGCUCCACUUCUGGCGCUGAGUGUCGUCUUCUUCCUGCUGCUUCCGGAGACGGCUCGAAUGUCACUGCGGCAGUCCAGUGCGGAGUUUUCCAAGCAGGGAAUGAACCAUCUAAAUUACAAGGUAGUUGUGCAAGCGAGGGAACCCUGA